UUUUUUUACUGGAUCUCCCAUAUCUACCUAGGCAACCACAGCAUAACGUUUUACACAACUCGAUUGGUCGACAUCGAAAUCUCCGGGUAUACAUCAAACAAAUUGGUUUCAAGCAGCUACGUAUUGAUGAUGACAUGAAAAAAGAAAUUGGACUUUUGAAACAUGGACGAUAUCAAAAUCUGGUGGAAUUUAUUGGGGUUUGCAUCGAAUCUCAUGGAACAUAUAUAGUAGAAGAAUACUGUAGCAAAGGACCAUUAGAUAAGAUCUUGGCUAAUCCCGAUAUUGAUUUAACUUGGAUAUUUCGAUUCUCUCUUAUCAAUGAUUUAUUGCAAGGAAUGCGCUUUAUACAUAGAUCAAAUAUUGAAAUUCAUGGAUUACUCACUUCAGCUUCUUGUAUUAUCACUGGUCGAUGGGAACUGAAAAUCACGGAUUAUGGAUUAUACAAAAUGCGCCAAACUCAAUAUGAUCGAAAUAUCAUCUCCUCUAUUCAUAAACGAUAUCCAGGCUGCCCUAUGGUGGUUCCUUCUGCAAAUAAUUUGUUAUGGUUAGCACCUGAAUCUAUUAUUGAAGUCUCACCGGAUUUAUACAUCACUUUUCCUACAAAAGCAGCGGAUGUUUACAGCGUUGGUAUUGUUAUGAAUGAAAUCUUGACUCGAACUCUUCCAUACAGUGAUCGAAAAAUAGAACGCACUGUUUCAAGGGAUAUCUUUCAACAAAUUACUCGCGACCAUAUUACACCUACUCUUUCCAACAACACACAAGAUGAAAACUAUCACAAAGUGAAUCAAGUCAAUCAGCUUAUUAUCAAGUGUUGGGCUACUGAUCCUGAUGAUCGACCUUUGAUUUAUGAUCUGAAAAAUCAUAUGAAAACAAUAGAUCCUUCAUUAGCCAGCUCGGAAAAUGUAGUGGAUAUACUUGCUGCUCUUCUUGAAAAGUAUGCAAAUGAUAUGGAAAACUUGGUAUACAAUAGAACUGCAAAUCUUCAGCAACGUACUUUGGAGUUGGAAGAAGAACGAGGCAGGACACAAACUUUAUUGAAAGAUCUCAAGGCCGCAAAGGAAGUAGCUGAAGCAGCAGCAGCAACCAAACAGAACUUUUUAGCCAAUAUGUCACAUGAAAUUCGUACACCCAUGAAUGCUGUUAUUGGAAUGUCUCGUAUUUUGAUGGAAAGCGAUCUACCUCCUGAAUUAUACGACUGUGCUGAAACUAUUGAAACUUCUGGAAACCACUUGAUGGCCAUCAUUGAUGAUAUAUUGGAUUAUUCGAAGAUUGAAUCCGGCAAACUUUUAUUGGAACAAAAAGCUUUGAACCUGACCUACGUGAUUGAAAGCGCUAUCAAACUGGUGGCUCCCAACUUUUUGCAAAAGAACAUUGCUUUGUGGUGUGAAGUUGAUCCAAAAGUACCUGUUAAAAUUAUGGGUGAUUUGGUCCGUUUACGUCAAAUUAUAUUGAAUUUGCUUUCCAAUGCAUUCAAGUUUACACCUUCAGGUGGUUGUGUACAUGUACAUGUCGAAAUUGCAAAGGAUAGACAUUAUACAAUGGAUUCCCAAAAAGACAAACAAGAUCAACCAUUGGAAAUACGACCUUUAUUAUCUGAAGAAAUCGAUGAAUCUACUGUCUCCCCAUAUAUGGAAACAGAUUAUGUACCUAUUCAAGUAUCUGUCAGCGACACUGGUAUUGGUAUUCCUGCAAACAAAGUCAAUACUCUUUUUCAAUCUUUCUCACAAGUGGAUGCGUCAACAACAAGAACAUAUGGUGGCACGGGACUUGGUCUGGCUAUUUCACGUCAACUUUGUCGUAUGAUGGACGGUGAUAUGUGGCUCUCUUCAGAGUAUGGCAAAGGAACUACCUUCACUUUCCAGGUAUCACUCAAGAAACAGUCAAAUACAUGUACCUAUGGUGAAUAUCACAAAUUGGCAGAGCUCACCAAAACUGUUAGUGGCACGGUUGUGAUCUGUGGAAAACCUCAAGAUCAUGAAGCAUGGAAAAACCUUCUUGGGAAUGCUGGAAUCAAGUUUGUCCAAACUCUUACUUUUGAUCAAGCUGAACGGUAUUUUUCUCACCAACUUGUUGAUUCGUUACCUCCUUUGUUGAUAGUGGAUAUGGAUUCUUUGGACAUGGAACAAUCAGAACCAAAACCAGUUUCAAGUGAAAACACAAUCUCAUAUUUCCGAGAUCACUAUCCUCAACUCAAUCAUAUUCCUACUCUGUGCGUUGGCGACAUUAAAUCCAAGCGACAAUCGAUGAAAUCAGUCGACGAAAAUCAGCUAUUACUAGAUACAUCGGAAAAGGCAUUGAUGGCCAGUUAUAAAGAAUUAACUGCAGGUAUGAAUGCAUCACCCAGCUCAAAUGAAACGAAACUACUUCCUUUGGACCAAACACCAACGAUGACUAUUCUCAAACCAUUCAAAAACUCUGUCCUCUUCUCAACAUUACAUCAAUUGAUAUCUCCACUCAGCAUUAUCACACCUACUGCUAUUGACACAGCUACUACGGACGGACAACUCGAUAGUAUACCUUUAGCCGUUUCCCCACCGAAUGAUGAUCAUCACUAUCAGCAACAACAUCAGCACCAUCUCCAGUCCUUUGUAAAUAGAGAAUCCAGUCCCCAGCAUUCUUUGACAAAUGGCAAUAAAAACAUCAGCCACUCCAGGAGUCUUUCACUUGACAACGAAGAAACGACUAGGGACGAAUCUCAGCGACAUCCUUCCAUCUCGUCCUCCAACGCAUCUCUGGCAUCAAAUUCAACAACAAUGACGACUUCAGGCAUCAGCACACCUUCAUCUGCAAAUAGCGGCACCGAAAACAAACAUGGAAGCACUAUAGAUGAUACAUCGGGAAGGAUCAAAGCUUUACUUGUGGAUGACAAUCCGGUGAAUCUGAAGGUACUAUCUCGCAUGCUGAAACGAAUGGGACUGACUUUCAAGACGGCACAGAAUGGACAAGAAGCAUAUGAUGCGAUCAAGGAAGCAAAUGAUAGUGAUGGAAUUGACAAACCGAUCGAUUUGGUGUUUAUGGAUAUCUGGAUGCCCAAAAUGAAUGGUUUGGAGGCAUCAACGGCAAUUCGCAAGGAUUUAGCUCACUCACAGUUGCAUCCUUAUAUCAUUGCCAUGACUGCCUGUGUGAUGCCUGGUGAUCGUGAAAAGUGUAUGAAAGCCGGUAUGAAUGCGUACGUCAGCAAACCCGUCAGAAAAGAAGAAUUGGAAGCAGCAAUACAUACAUAUACUCAAACAUUGGCAAUGAUGACUCCGUUGGAUCCAUCUGCAGAAUUACCACCAAUACAAGAAAUCUGCGGCACAGCAUACCAGGACGAAGACAACAAUCAGGAAGAUCAUGCUAAAGAUCAAACAGCAGAAAGGAACAGUAUACCUACGGUGACUAUUACGAACUGACGAUUUUUGACGAUAUCCUGAUUUAUAUAGAUAGAUGAAUAUAUAUUUAUUUAUUUAUGCACUUUUUAGCCUAGUCUCCACUUUUUUUUUUUUUAUUUAAUUUAAAAGCCAAUAAUAGAAAUAAAGCAGAUACCAAAUGAUUGAAUGAAAACCGG